AUGCACGACGAGUGUCUGAAAGCAAACUGUCCACUAUAUUUCCACAAAGGAUGCCCUCCCGACUCUCAGCUGAUCACCGAAUCGUCCACACCAGGAAACUGUUGUCAAAAGCCAGGAACAUGUCACUGCGAUCAGAAGAAAUGUGUUCCGUCCGUGCCAACUUGUACAAAAGAAGAACGACUCGUGAUGGUAGAGAAGGGAUCAGAUACUCCGGGAAAAUGUUGUGCAGUAUACGAAUGCCAGAAGAAAGAAAAGAAAUGCGACAAUGUGAUCUGUCCUCCAAUAAUUCAAGAUGAAGAACCAUGCCCUUCCGAUAGUUUCCGGCCUCCUGAUAUGAUUCCAAAAGAAGGAUGUUGUCCUGUAAGACAGGCAUGCAAAUGCCGUGGAUCCAUCUGCCGCCCAGCUCAAUGUCCAAAUAAAAAAGUGAUCAGUGUAAUCAAAAAAGGAACAGGCUAUCCAGGAAGAUGUUGCGAUGAGUGGGAUUGCAUUGUUGGAGAAUCGAAGGCUACCUGUAAACACAAUAACAUUGAAAGACAGCCAAUGGAAACUUGGCACGCUAAUGAUUGUGAAACAUGUCAAUGUCUUCGAGGAGUUUCUGUUUGCAGCAAGAUGGCGUGCCCAAAAAUCAAUCAAGAAUGUACUUGGAUCGGAAUUCCAACGGGAGAGUGCUGUCCCGUUUGUCUAGGAUGUCAGACCGAAAAUCAAACCAAACUGGAAAGAGGUGACACGUGGCAAAAAGAUGACUGCACUUCCUGUACCUGCUCUGAACUUGGUGCUCACAUGUGUGAGAAAUACAUGUGCAAAACGGAUUGUGAGAAUCCGAGAAAAGUAGAAGGACAGUGUUGUCCAGUUUGUGAUGAGCCUACCAUCAUUCGCCCACCUGCAACUUGCCCAUCGCUGGAACUUUGCUCUUUGAGGUGUGCAAACGGCCUUCGAAGAGACAACAUUGGGUGCUACGUGUGUGAAUGUCUUCCAGAUGAGGUGCCUACGAAUCCAAGAUGUAGAGAGUUGAAUGACGAGAAUUGCGAAAAGCAAUGUGCUCAUGGAUACCUAAAAGACGAAGAUGGUUGCACCGUAUGCAAAUGUUCAAAGUGUCCACCUCUUCACCAGUGUCACAAGCAUUGUCUCUAUGGAUUCGAGACGAAUUCAGCGGGAUGUUCGUUGUGCAAGUGUCGAGCUUCAUCGAAAUUGGAUAAGAAGCCAAGCACAACAAAAUCAAUGAAACCUGGAGCCGGCUCUCUGCAACAAACCGAGUAUCAUAGUGAAAAGUGCAUUUCGUUCUCAAACGACGGUCAUCAAAUCGUAAGAGAUGGAGGAGAAUGGUGGAGUGACGGAUGUAGACAUUGCUUCUGUGAGAAUAAACAAGAAUUCUGUUCACUGAUUUCGUGUCCAUCCAAACCAUCGGAUUGUGCUGAUGAGAAUUGGGUGCAAAAAGAGGAAGAAUGUUGCCCAUCGUGUACGGAUCAGAAAAAGAAACCAAAAUCGAGUAAUUCGUUGGCGGCCCAAAAACAUGAACAUACAGUAUGUCAGUCACCAGGCACCGGAAGACUAUUCACUGAUGGAGAAACUUGGCAAUUGGCCCCAUGUGUUUCGUGUACUUGUCGUGUCGGACAUGUCCUCUGUAGAACAACAGAAUGUCCACCAAUCGCGUGUCCGAAUCCCGAAUAUGAGAAUGAAGAUGACUGUUGUCCGGUGUGCCCGGAACAAAAAGUAGUGAAUACAAAAAACGAUAAAGGCGAUACAAUUGUCUGUACAGAUGAUUCUGGAACAGCCCAUAUCGUUGAUGACUGUACAUCAUGUGUUUGCUCUGCUGAAGGAUCUGCUGAUUGCUAUAAAGAAGCUUGUGACGAUAGCCUUGAAUGUCGUGGAAAUCCACUCGUCAUCAAAGGAAAGUGUUGUCCAGUGUGCUCCGAUGCUCUUUCUACUUCUGCUGUAUGCUCUUAUCAGUCAUCCGUUUAUUCGAUUGGGGAACAGUGGCAAGAUGGAAGAUGCUCGAACUGCUCAUGUGUGACUGGCGGGCAAACUGUCUGUCGUCAAAUGGUUUGCCCACAUUGUGAUGAUCCAGUUCCCAUUGAAGGACAUUGUUGUCCUCUAUGCAAAGGUACAGAAUCUUCUAGUGCAGCCUUUUUUUCUAAACUAACAAUUUCAGAUGCUAAGUGGGGUCCAUAUGGAUACGGUAAUGGUUCGGGAGCUUUCCCAACAUCACUCGGUCCAAAAAUCGAUGAUGGAAGUGGAAGCUCUGCCACGUCUCUGAUCGUAGUCUCUCUUAUGUCGCUUAGCGUCGUUGCCCUAAUCAUUGUGUUCAUGCUUCUCUACAAAUGGAGUAGAAAAAGCAAUAAGCUACACAAGUUCAACGAAGUGGGCCAAAUCGCAUCGGGAGGAACAUCGACAGUAAGACUCUCCGCAUCGAAAACAAUUGGAUCGAUGCCAAGAUUAGUGGAUUGGAAGGAUACGAGAGACGAAAGUGGGGAAGAGUUUCUGAAGGCGACAGCUAAUCACAUCCGACACGACUCUCAUAAUUCAGAUGACCAAUCUGAUAGUUUACUCUCUACAAUGAGUGACACGUCGACAGCCCCAUCUACAAUCUCUUCUUCUGGUCAUGUUCCCAUCUCCGAUACACAACCAUUGACACCGAAGCAUCGGUAUCCGGUGUAA